CGCGAGAGUUUCUCCAUCUCGCUAAUCCACAAGUGCCGUGGUCAGCAUCUGACAACUGUCAGAUGGCAAUUGCAUUCAUUUGACAUUUAUGCACUUGUGAUUACGUUUGUGCGGUUGAGAAAUGGCAGCAGAAAUAAAGCCCGCGCCGGGAGUAAAUCACGAUAAAUUCAGUAGCAGCCGCAAACCAGUCCUUCUGUCAAAAUUGGAGGGCUGCAGCGAUGACGUUAAUGCGGCUAUCAUUAUCCCACAGGAAGAGGGUGUAAUCAGUGUUUGCGAUGACAGGACAGUUAGAGUGUGGUUGAAACGGGAUUCUGGUCAAUAUUGGCCGAGUAUUUGUCAAUACAUGCCAGCGGGUGCUACCUCUAUGCACUAUUGCGUAGAAACGAGGCAACUGUUUGUAGGCCUAGAUAAUGGAAGCGUUAAUGAAUUUGUCUUGGAGCAAGAUUACAAUCGAAUGACAGCUAUGCGCGAUUAUUUAGCGCACCAAGCGAGAGUCACAGGAAUCAUUUUUACGGCAGAUUUCGAAUGGGUCUUGAGCAUAGGUCGCGAUAAAUUAUUUCAAUUGCACAGUUCCGAGACAGGACAGAAAUUGGGAUCGUACCAAACAGAUGCCUGGUAUACCGCUCUACAAUUUGAUGCCCAAUCCAAACACGCUUUCGUAGGAGACUAUUCCGGUCAGAUAGCCAUGCUGAAGCUGGACAAUAAUGGCGUUACUUUCAUUACUACAUUAAAGGCACACACGGGAAGUAUCCAUACGUUGGCAUGGGACUCGGAAAAACAAUUGCUGUUUUCCGGUAGUUUUGAUCAAAGCAUCAUCGUUUGGGACAUUGGAGGUCGCCAAGGCACUGCUUACGAGCUUCAGGGACACCAUAACAAGGUAACGGCGUUAUGCUACGCAAGCGUCGAACGUUUACUCUUAUCCGGAGGUGAGGACGGCGUGAUCGUCUGCUGGAAUAUGACGGCAAAUAGGAAAGAAACCGCGGCUUGGGUCGAGUCCGAUAUCUGUCAGGCUUGCGGAAGACCCUUCUUCUGGAAUAUAAAAGCUAUGAUGGAUCAACGACAGUUGGGAUUGAGACAGCAUCAUUGUCGCUAUUGCGGUCGCGCGUUGUGCGCUCGCUGCACAUCGCAACGGAUACCAAUACCGGCGAUGGGCUUCGAGUUUGAAGUAAGAGUCUGCGAUCAGUGUCAUAUACAGCUCAAGUCGGAGAACCAAUCGUCGCUGGCCUCUUUCCACGAUGCCAAGCACAGUGUGGUUGGGAUGGAUUUGGACGCUCCUAGGCGAAGAUUGUUGACCAUCGGCCAAGAUCGCGUUAUUAAAAUUUGGGAUGUAUCCGCGCUCUUUCAGUGAAUUUUCACGUGUAUGUAUGUAUGUUGUUAUAAUCUAAAUUGAUACGAAUCAAAUCACACAGAGGGGUAUCGUCAUACUCGAAAGAAAAUACUCUGGAACCUAUUUUUGUGAUUAUGUAAUUAUAAUUAUGCCUGUUUGUGUGAGUCGGUGAUCGGUGAUCGAUCGUAAUUGCGUAACUCAAGUUGAACUGACGAGCUGAUAGAAAAUACAGAGAGCGAUCGAUCGCGAGUAAUCGUUUGUCAGUUUGUUGAUAAUGUUGAUAACGCCGGUGAUAGCCUGCUUAAUCCAUGUCCGGAUUUUCUGCAUAAGAUAUCAGGAAAUAGUUGAAAAGAAGACCAGUAUGGCGCAAGCACGUUAAUUCAGUGGCAUUAUCUUUAAACAUGUUGUAUAUUGAUAGAAGAGCGUUUACUUCCAGAAAAAUGUUUGUGCGACUUUGCAACGUGCGAUUACACAAACGUAAACAGUAGUCUGUGGAUAUAUGUAUAUGUAUGCAAGGUGAAUGGGGGGGGGGGAGGGGGGCUGCCUUCGAUCAGGAUGACGGACGACACUGAUAGUCACAACACAACGCAGGUGCAAUUAACAGUAUUCAAAUAUCUUUCGAAGAGUGUAUGAAUUUGAUACUUUUUUUUUUAUUUUUUUCAAUAACACAUUUAUACAUGUAAAUCAAACAUGAUUUCGAGACGGAUUUCUUUUUAUUAAAUUCCCGAAUAAAUUUCUUGAUGUAUCCCCCGA